GCCUCAUGCCAGCAUCCUGGAAGUCCCUUGGAUGAGCCUCUGUUGCUUUGGGCUUAAUGAUGCUCAGUUAGGGGCGGAAAGAAGAGAAACUCCUCCCACUUCUCAAAUAUUCCUCCAGCUCUUAUAAUGCAUCCAACUAUUUACAGCUUAGCACUCAACCCCAGGGAAAACAGCGAGACUAAAUUGGAGUGGGGCUAGGAAAACACAAGAGGUAAGAAAUGAGAUAAAGUCCUUCACUCCAAAGAAGGAGCUGGGUGAGGAACACAUUUCCAAAAUGCUGAUGAAAGGCCGGAAGUUCCUGACAUGCCUGAAGUUACUGGAUAGGGUGACAAACUCUCAAAGAUUAAACCUAGUGCAGAGAGAACUAAUCCACAGCAGCAAAACUGAGAGGAACCAAGCUUUUCAGAGGAGCUGUCUCACAAUCCGGGGACCAGGAGGGGGUUGAGGGAGGCUUUGGAAAGUUGAAAGGUUUAGAAAGGGUUAGUUUAAGCCUGAGGGAGGGGCCUUUGCAUGGUUCUGUGCAGGUUAGGAGAUCUGCUUGACUAUCCCCUAACUCAGGUGACCAUGGUGAAGAGAGUGGCGAUCAUCGGAGCCGGGGUGAGCGGCCUGACCUCGAUAAAGAGCUGCCUGGAUGAGGGUCUGGAGCCCACCUGCUUUGAGAGGAGCGAUGACAUAGGGGGGCUGUGGAAGUUCAAACCUAACGUGGAGGAGGGUCGAGCAAGCAUCUAUCAGUCUGUUAUAAUGAACACCAGCAAAGAAAUGUCCUGUUUCAGUGACUUCCCAAUGCCUGAAGGUUUCCCAAAUUUCCUGCACAACUCUAAACUCCUGGCCUAUUUCAAGAUCUUUACCAAGAAGUUCGAUCUUCUGAAAUACAUUCAGUUCCAGACUACAGUCCUCAGUGUGACAAAACGUCCAGAUUUCUCUUCCACUGGUCAGUGGGAGGUUGUUACUGAGAAUAAUGGUAAAGAGGCCAGGGAUGUAUUCGAUGCAGUGAUGGUUUGCAGUGGCCAUCAUAUAGAAUCUUAUGUUCCUCUGAAGUAUUUUCCAGGAAUUGAAAAGUUCAAAGGUCACUAUUUGCACAGCCGCCAAUACAAGACUCCAGAUGGAUUUGAAGGGAAGAGGAUCCUGGUGAUUGGAAUGGGAAAUUCAGCCUCAGACAUUGCAGUGGAGCUGUGUAAGAAGGCCUCCCAGGUGUUUGUCAGCACCAGACACGGCUCCUGGGUCUUGAGCCGGAUUUCUGACAAUGGUUACCCUUGGGACAUGGUGUUCCACACCAGAUUUAACUCCACGCUCAGAAAUGUUCUACCCCGGCCCGUGGUGAAAUGGAUGAUGGAGCAUCAAAUGAGCCGAUGGUUCAACCAUGAAAACUACGGCCUGGUGCCUCAAAACAAAUCACUCAUGAAAGAGCCAGUGUUAAAUGAUGACCUCCCCAGCCGCAUCCUCUACGGAGCCAUCAGGGUGAAAACCAGUGUGAAGGAAUUCACUGAAACCUCAGUCAUAUUUGAAGAUGGAAGUGAGGAGGAGGAUAUCGACAUUGUCAUCUUUGCCACAGGAUAUAGUUUCUCUUUUCCCUUUCUUGAUGAGUCGGUCAUCAAAGUAGAAAACAACCUGGUCUCACUCUACAAGCGUAUUUUCCCUCCUCAACUGGAGAAGCCGACCCUGGCUGUCAUUGGUCUCAUCCAGCCAUUAGGUCCCAUCAUGCCAACCUCAGAACUCCAGGCCCGCUGGGUAGUCAGAGUUUUCAAAGGUUUGAGUACCCUGCCUCCAGAGAGCACUAUGAGAACAGAAAUUGCCCAGACAAAGGAAAGAAUAGUUGACAUGUUCGGAGAAAGCCGGAGCCAAACUUUGCAGACCAACCACGUCGACUACCUAGAUGAACUUGCGGUGGAAGUGGGCACAAAGCCUGACAUUCUGUCUCUCUUUCUGAAAGACCUGAAACUGGGCCUUAAAGUGUAUUUUGGGCCAUGCAACCCAUACCAGUACCGUCUCUCUGGGCCUGGAAAGUGGGAAGGAGCUAGGAAUGCCAUCCUGACCCAAGAUCAACGACUUCUGAAACCUUUGAAGACUCGUGUGGUAAAGGAUUCUUCCAAUUCCUCAGCUUCCUUCCUGGUGAAAAUUCUGAGCCUUCUGGUUGUUAUCUUGGCCCUUGUUCUUAGCUUCAAAUAGGUCUGGACUGUCAGUUGAAAAGUUCCUUUUAGAAUAUUCCUGUGAUCCUCAGAUCAUUUCUUCUAUGGCGAGUAUCUUCUAACAUUGAGAUUGUAACUGGUAAACAUCUAGACUGGAUCCAGUGGGGAAUUAGAACGUACUCAGGCUUUUAGAAAAAGUCAAAACGAUUUCCGGUCCACAAAAGCACUUCUUCAGCUUCUCCUCCUCCAAACCAUGCUUCACAAACAGUAAAAUAAAUCAAAUCAACAAAUUGCUGCAGGCCCUUUGCAAAUGGAUAAGAAGUUAGCUGUAAGGCUCACCUAUUCUAAACCUUUUCUUCAGUUCAAAGUGGACCAUAUGAGCAUCAAUCAAAUGGACAUUUCAUGUAUUCUGCAUAGCUUUAUCUAAAUGCUGCUUUUUUCUUGAGAUAGCCAACAAAUAGCACUCCUUUUGCAAUUAGUACUCCUAAAUGGAUUUUAAUUAUCUAAUCAUAAAACACUAAUGAAGCUUCCAAUCUGGGAGUUAGAUGCUAUAAUAUCAGAGAGGUGGAUUACUGACAAAAGGGACAUGCCUAGGGCACUAGAAACUUUUCCUAUCCACAUUAGGGGUCCAGUUCAGAAGCUUGUUUCUAAAGUCUCAGACUAGUGAGUCCUUUUCUUUCUGUUCCUUGGCAGGCUCAAAUUCUUUAGGUUUGGGAGUGUCUGAGGUAUGAGCUAGCAAAAUAAUGGAAGUAUUUGACUGUGUGCUGUUUUUCACUGCUCAGUACGCCAGAGUGCCGAUGGACAUAUUACA